CUGCUGCCGCGUGGAGACGCACAGCUCCAUCGACACUCCCACGGCCCGUAAACACCACACACCAUGGCGGUGUUCACCACCUUUCCAAAGGGGAGGAUUCGCGAGGUGUUGCAACCUUAAGCAAAACAACUGCCAGCGUCUCCAAUGAAGAGAAACAGGAAACGCGGCGGGGUUGUUUUUGUUUUUCUUUCCGUGAUUGCCGCGCUGUUGUAACGGCGGUGCACGCGAGCCCACCACAAUGUUGUUGUGCUGCAACGGACGCACCGCCCUCUUUUUGCCCGCUGGCUCCUCGUAGGCUGAGGCUGGAGCACUAGCACUGGCUGCGGCGAGGGCGGAGCUGGAGGCCCGGGGCUGUCACAAAAAAAAGACAUGUUCCAUUUCAAAAACUAGCCACAAGACGCAAACUGCUGUUCACGGCUCAACUUUUUUUUGGUAAUAAUUUUGUGUGUGGAGUUUUAACCGCGACGACCGCUUGUUCGGCCCCGACUCGAGGAAGUAGGAUGCCGGUGAAAGGCGGAGGAAGACUGGCCUCUCACCAGAGCAAGAGCGAACAUAUCGGCGGCUCAGAGAUGGAGGAUAUGGUGUGGGAGCAGUACACAGUCAAUCUGCAGCGGGACUCUAAGAUGGGUUUCGGCAUCGCGGUGUCCGGCGGGCGCGACAACCCCAACAUGGACAGCGGCGAGACGUCAAUCAUCGUGUCUGACGUGCUGCAAGGAGGACCAGCAGAUGGCUUUCUCUAUGAGGAUGAUCGUGUCAUUCAGGUCAAUGCCAUCCCCAUGGACAAUGUGCCUCAUUCCUUUGCUGUUCAGUCGCUCCGUAGAUGUGGCAAAGUGGCUAAAAUAACGGUGAAGAGACCUCGCAGGAUCCAUUCAAUGACGCAGCCCCCCUCCCCGAGCGGCGACAGCCGGGUGUACACCCCCUCCAACCACUACUACGACGCCGACAAUGACAACGCCUGGUACCGCAACGAGGGCCGGGACCACGCCUCGGAAAACAAAGUCUACCUGGAGCCCGACUACAGGGUAGUGCGUGAAUCAAACCAGAGAGCGAGGAGCCGCGGGAGGAGCCAGGAGAGGACCUCGCCCAGCCCGGACCGAUCCAAGAGGGAGGGCAGCCGGGGUCGAGCCCUGGACGCCAGCGCCGAACACCAGCGGUACCACAGCCGAGGCCGCAGCCCCGGGGAAGACUACCACACGGAGGACAAGUACGAGCGAGGAGAAGGAGGAGGAGGGGGAAAAGGAAAAGAAAAAGAAAAAGAAAAAGAAGGGAGGUAUAAGAGCAGGGACCAGCUCAACGACAACCCUCCAUCCCCAGAACCCACCAGAGAGCUGGAGCCGCUGGAGAAACCGGUCAACGUCCUGCUGGUGAAGAACAGACCCAGCGAAGAGUACGGCCUACGUCUGGGGAGUCAGAUCUUCAUCAAACAGAUGACCAGCACAGGCCUUGCUGCCAAGGACGGGAACCUGCAGGAAGGAGACAUCAUUCUCAAGAUCAAUGGGACGGUGACGGAGAACCUCUCUCUGCACGACGCCGGGAAGCUGAUAGAGAAGUCAAGGGGGAAGCUGCAGCUGGUGGUCCUGAGAGACCGCCGCCAGAUCCUUGUCCGCAUCCCCCCCCUCGCAGACUCAGACUCAGACAACGACCACGACCACGACGACAUAUCAGAGCUGGAGUCAUACCAUUCCUAUUCUCCCCCAGAGGAGAGGAGGUCCCGCCAGUCUGACCUGUCCUCCCACUCCUCCAACGAACGAGACAACCCCAGCAGGGAGAAACCCAUGAGGACAACCAAGAUGUCAGCCAUGGCCUCCCCUUUCAAAGUACCUGAAGACCCCCAGGCCUCAGCUGAACGGAGCAAAGAAACACCGCACAUUAAGGAGCCUCCAGCUACUCUAGCCACGCCCAAGAUUCUCCUCCGACCAAGUCCAGAAGACGAGAAACUAUAUGGGCCGAAGACGGUGAUGGUGAAUUUCCAGAAGGGGGACAGUGUCGGGUUGAGGCUGGCGGGGGGAAAUGAUGCCGGCAUCUUCAUCGCUAGUGUUCAGGAGGGCAGUCCUGCCGAGGAGGAGGGCCUGCGCAUUGGGGAUCAAAUCCUCAAGGUGAAUAAUGUGGACUUUCAAGGUAUAGUGAGAGAGGAAGCAGUGCUCUUCCUGUUGGAGAUCCCUAAAGGAGAAGUGAUCACCAUCCUGGCACAAAGCAAACCGGAUGUCUACAAUGACAUUUUGGUGUCUGGGCGCGGAGACUCCUUCUUCAUUCGGACCCACUUUGAGUAUGAGAAAGAGACUCCUCAGAGCCUGGCCUUCAGCCGGGGGGACAUCUUCAAGGUGGUGGACACCCUCUACGACGGAAAGCUCGGCAACUGGCUGGCGAUCCGCGUUGGCAAAGACAAGCAGCUGCUGGAGAAGGGCAUCAUCCCCAACAAGAGCAGAGCGGAGCAGAUGGCCAGCGUCCAGAGCUCGCAUAAAGCUGCUGCGGGCGACCGAGCCGACUUCUGGCGGUUGCGAGGCCAGCGGUCUCUGAAGAGGAAGGACCUGAGGAAGAGCAGAGAAAACCUGAGCGUUCAGACGCUGGCCACCCGCUUCCCAGCAUACGAGCGAGUGGUGCUCCGAGAAGCUGGCUUCCGGCGUCCCGUGGUGCUGCUCGGCCCCAUCGCCGAUGCUGCGAAUGAGAAACUGGCCUCCGAGAUGCCCGACCAGUUUGUUGUGGCCAAAACCGAGCCGAAAGAUGCUGGCUCUGAGAAGUCCUCGGGAGUGGUUCGCCUAAACACCAUCCGGCAAAUCAUCGAGCAGGAUAAGCACGCCCUACUGGACGUGACGCCCAAGGCGGUGGACACCCUGAACUACACCCAGUGGUACCCCAUCGUCAUCUUCUUCAACCCGGACAACAAGCAUGGCAUCAAGGCCAUGAGGCAGAGGGUCGCCCCCAACUCCAACCGCAGCGCUCGCAAACUCUACGAACAGGCCGUCAAGCUGAGGAAGACCUGCUCGCACCUGUUCACUGCUAUUGUCGACCUGAACUCUGCCAACGACGCCUGGUACGGCAGCGUUAAAGACUCUAUCAUAGAGCAGCAGAUGCAGGCUGUGUGGGUAUCUGACGGCAAGCCGGAGGGAGUAGAGAGUGAUCUGGACUGCCAGGACGUGGAGCGCCUGUCCUUCCUGUCUGCCGACUACCUCAGCAUUGACAGCCGGCUGACCUCUGACCUCGACGACACCGCCGACGAGGGCGGAACCUACACCGACAAUGAGCCCGACGUAGAGAUGGUGCAUAUCUCCUCCAUCAGCCGCUCGUCGGAGCCCGUCUCGGCCGAGGAGAUCUUGCGCAGGUACAGUCCAGACAUCAGGAGCCGCGUGAGGAAAAUCGGCAGCCGUGAAGUCCUCAACAGGUCCAGCCCUCCGCCGGUCUGCUUAACAGACAGCAAGGUCAAACUGUCUCUGAGGGACGAUCCGAUCCUCCCGCUAGGCUCCGCCAACCCGAACCAUCACCACCACCGUCAGCACCACCCCCCGCCCCCCAGCUCCAGCCGAAGUUACGACUCCCCCUCCAGCAGCAGCCCCGCCAGCAGCAGCAACAACGACCCUCCUCCACCCCUCAUCUCCCGUUCUUCCGCCACCGCCGUCUCCUCGGGCCCGCCGCCUCUGUCCCCGGCUCACCACUUCAGCCCCUGCGGAAAACUGUGGCCCCCGGGAGCGCCGCAACCCCGCACGGCAGAGGCCACCGUGGCGGCCUGUAAACGGCAGCAGGGGGCGACGAGGGACAACCUCGUGGACGAUCCGUCCUUGAGGUCCUUCCUGGGAAAGAUCAAGGCCUUCGAGAAGAUGGACCAUUUCGCCCGAGCCCAGAGGUUGCAGGAACUGCAGGAGGCGCAGAACGCCAGGCUGGAAAUUGCUGAGAAGCACCCGGACAUCUAUGCUGUUCCUCUGAAAACAGCCAAACUGGAUCACAGUCGCCCACAGCCUAUCGGCUCCAGCUCCCAUCUUGAACCGCAGACUCCUCCGUCCUCCUUGGAGGGACAGCCCUUCUACCCCAGCAAAGAGGGGGCGCAGGAGGAGGAGGAAAAAGAGGAGCAGGAGGAGGCAGUGCCGGGAUACUACACCGCCAACUCCUUCCAGUACCAGGACACCCAGCUGUAGGGGUUGGCGCACGGUGGCUGCGCCGGCCCUCGGGCCUCACUGGAAACACAUGUACACAUGCACUGCAUAUGCAGUCUAUUUACACACAUGCCAUUCCAUCAUGCCCUGCACAAGUAAGCUGCUGACUUUGAACUGACUCUCGCUUCUUUGAUAUUGAGAAUUGGGGGGAGAGGGACAAACUUUUUUUUUUGCUUUAUGGAAGUUAAAGCAAUCUGUAGGCCUACUAUCCAUUUGGAUGGACACACUGUCUUCAAUUUUUUGUGUAUUUGAUUGUUUCUUCUGUACGUACCACUUUUGAUGGUCAAACCAUGAACUACUUGCUUUCUUGCCUAUGCAACUCUUCAGUUUGUGCACUGCAACUGAAACUUAUUGCCACAAGUUUUCCUCUCGCGAAAACCUCAACAAACCUAAAAAACACAAUGCGCUUUAUCACAUCCACCCCCUUUCUUUUUUAAGCUCCUAUAUUGCCACUACGAUCAACAAAUGUUACGUAUAUAUUAUUACAUAGCGUAUAUAUAUAUACAAAUGUAUUUAAAGUCAAGUGUUUAUACUCUGUCUUUGCAUUCCUUCAUAUAUGAAAAUGCCUGUGUAUACAUACAGUAUAUAUAUAUAUAUAACUAUAUAUAGUCUAUCUAGUGACACUGGAAAUUUGUUACAAUUUUUUAAAGUGCCUUUUUAUUUUCUUAGUCCCAUGAGGUUUGGGUUGUCGUUCCUCCGCCCCUCAGCCACCCAGCCGUACUAAAACCUCUGCUGCUGUUAAGCUUAAAGGGAAACCAGGGAACCAGUGACACCAAAAUCUAAAUGCUGUCCCCAAACACUGUACAGUCUUCUGUCACCUCCGGUGACAAAACAGACCCACGAAAAACACCCUGUCGCCAGUCCUAUGUGUGAGAAAGAGCAAACACUGUCUGUUGUCUAAGAAUCCAAUCCAAAACAAUAUCUUUCUCAAACCAGUCAUAGUAGAAAUGUAAAUAAUUAGAGUAGGUGAAAGUUGUAAUCGGUAAAGGCCCGGUCACGGCCAGCAAUAAAACAGCCAAAUUCGGUUACAAAAUCAAUUGUAUUUAAUGGAAUCUUGGUGGACUAGCUUGCUGGAGGCAAAGUCAAUCGGCCCAAAUAUUUGGGGUUAAGUUUUAUUCUGGUUGAACUUUGACAUGGAUUAAUAACCAAUUGAGAUUUGCCCAUUCAGAGACCCGGGCUGUGUCUACUACCGGACACUUUACGAAGUACACUGCAAUACAGUGUACUGCAAUACAGUGCACUGACAUCUGUAGUGCACUCCGUCGCUGAUAAGUGCUGUAUCAAAUGGAACACUUACGUUAACCACUUGGCGGAAGUGACGGACGCAAAUCUGUUCACGGCACCCGCGAAAUUAAGCCGGGAGUGACGUAUGCAAAUCUGCUUAAACUGCGAAACUUAAACUGACAAAAUGAAUGCACUUCUUGCCCUCUUUUUGUCCCUUGUUUACCCCUUUCUCCACCCCAUGUGGAAACUGCGAUACCUCCACAUCUCGUCCGCCAUUGUUUUAGAAAUAAAAUGAAAAGCUGGCGAAAGGGCUCCUCCUCUUCCGCUACGUAGCCAAGAUGGCGCCCGUUUAGGGCCAGUAGUGUCCAUCGUUUUACACUGCAUUUUUUGCCCGUUUGUGCGCCAUCCGGGUACUUUCAGUGCACUGAAUUCUGCUGGUUUUGUCAGUGUGGUGCUCUAAACACUGAAAGUCAGUGCUCGAAGUGCUCAAGUGUCCGGUAGUAGACACAGCCAUAGUCCAACACAAAUUAAGCUAUCUAAGCUCAAUUGCUUUGUUGCAAGUUUAAACUGCAUAAUGUUUUACGAGAACGUGGAAUGAAAUUUGCCAAGUCACUCGCUGGUGUGACCGGGUCUUACGGUUUACUUUUCUUAUUGUCGCCGUCUUUGGUGCUCAGCAUUCAUUGCUGUGCUGUUCUUGCACUGCACCUCCAAGCAAUACCGUAUUUCCCAGUCUUAAACUGUGUGGCGUGAUCUCCUUGGAAUGUUUUUGUUAAGUUUCUGCAGGUGGGGCCCUCUUCUGUCUGUUACAUGAUGACGUUGAUGAAAUUCUAUAUUCAUCUUAUCGUCAGCAAAUCCAAUGUGCAGACCCCAACCGGCAAUGAAUGUAUCUACUAACAUGUGUUGUGCGAGUAUCCAACACCUGACCUAUCAUAUUCCUCUUUAACAUAGAGAUCUCUUGUUGUCCAAAACAAUUAGAAACUUGACACUAACACCAACAAUGGGUUAAUCUGCUGUUGAAAAUAGUCCCCAACAAAUGCACAAAGUAGUAAAAAAAAGUAAAAAGUAGUCGUCAAAAAAACAACUAUUAAACUAAUGUGAAUCUUUCUUUAAAAAGAAAAAGUGUUUGUCCUCAGUAGAAGCCAGAAAGUAUUGGAAGAUGGACUCACGCAGUGAAGAUUUAGAUCUUUAUGUGACAAUAAGAGGAAUAUAUAAAAUACAACAGCCUUAUCUUUUGAAAGCUGUGUUCCAUUUCAGAUUCCUAUGAAGACUGAAUAAGAGGAGCAGAGUUGGUACUCUGAAGGUAUGGCAGGAUGAACUUGCUUGGUGCCAUUGGGCGUUGUGCCUAGAUCUGUGAUGCAUUCUCACUCCCAAUUUGUCAAACACUGACACUUGCCCAGUAGCCUUGCACGUCUAACUGUGACACUUUACGUACCUCCCUAGUGUCAGUUUUGCACUUUGGUUUAUGUUAAAAUGUGUUUGUUCCAUAACUUACGUACAAGGCGUUUAGAAAAGUCUAACGUCUACAAAAAGUUACAAUAAGGUUAAAUAAAUAAACUUUUACUUGCUUUUAAUGUGUGACACGAACAGUGAUCUCCUAAGUGAUAGUCUGAUUUUGUUUAACCCAUCCCUAGCCCAACUUCCUCCCUUUCUUGCUCUUUGUACUAAGUUAGUUGCUGUUUAAUAAUGCCGCUGAUGGGUUUACAUUAGAGUUCGUGGAAAGCCAAGGGGUACUGACCAAGUGUCGGUAUUUGAAGAUGUGUGUGUCUGAACGGGUCACUACUCGGGAUCAAUAAAGCAGGGCCCACUUGAAGGCCCUCAUCAUGUCUUUUGAUUACAUCGUACAUAUUCCUAGACUAAAUUCUAAUUAGUUAAACUCAAAUUGACAUGGUAAGCUUCCAGUGAGUGCCCCCUUUAGCUAAAUUAACAAUCCAGCCUUGCUUAAAGGACUCAUUUGUGGACUUUUUCCUUCCAAGGAGGAAGGCUCUGCAUUUUCUAUUAUCAUUUCAAACAAACCGCAGACAUUGAAUUAUGUCCUGAGACGUUUCCCUACACAAACCUGGGAACAGGGAAAACAGAAGCAAGAUCUUUUAUGAGAUUGCCAAAUAGGGCUGGGUAUCGGUACUCGACUGAAAUGAUCCAGUACUAGGAAGUAUCGAAACUUUCUUCAUUCAUAGUGCACCUGCAUUUGAUCCUUGUAAUAUCCAGGUCUAGAAAUAAGAUUAUGAUUUUGCUCGCUGCCACAAGCGUUCUUCGGUUUAAUGGGUCAUGUGAUUGGCGUACUACCGCAGCAGCUACAACCCAUACAGUCUGUGGUGUGGUGAAGUCGAGCAUACUGAGAUGCCACCAAAACAUUUCAAAGUAUACAACAUACGAGUUGGUGGUAUUUUGCACAAUGAUGAUGAACAAAUGAAAUAGAACAAAAAUGUAGCAAAAUACGCCCUCGACUGGUAUUGUCAUCACGAUAAGGGUACUGGUAUUUGGUACGGGUAUUGUGAUUUAUUCCAAUGAAGGACACAACAGUUAUUUUUUUCCUUAUCAGUCUUCUAUUGGAAAAGUAUAUUUCUGAAGCCACAUUUCCCAACCCACGUUUUCGGUGUGUGUGGGUUCUGCCCUGGUCUCAGUGUCUGGUGGAGGCAGACAGUCGUAUUUGGUCUGGGCUCCGCCAUUAGUAUUGAAUAAAUGGUGUCCCAUAUGUUUCAAAUAGGCUUGAUUGUACAUCUUAGUUCUCUCUUUACCUCCACACAUGAGCUACGAAGUGCUUACCGUCAUAAUCCAAGUGCUGACAUCCCUCAUCAUGGAUUUGUGGAGUAUAACGUAAUGUGUCAUAGUAGAGGGUGAACCACAAAUGAGACGGAGAGAAUGAGAAGAAUGACUGGACUGUGUCUGCUGAAUUUUAUUUAAAUGUUUUCACCUUAAAACACAAAAUAAAACAAAAAAGUCUUAACUACAUGUGGAGUGUAUAUAUACUGUGAUCCUUUUCAAACAUCACGGAUUUCCUAGCUACCUCCUGAAAACAGCCGUGAUGGAAACAGUGGAGAACUAGAAUGGGCACUCGGUAGAGCGCAUACCUUCGCAUAUCACAAGAUUGGGCAUUGAAUUAUGAACAUUUUGGCAUUAGUUGCAUGCCAAUUGGACAAAAAUGUAUCGUGCUAUGGUCAAACUAGAAUGGGCACUCGGUAGAGCGCAUACCUUCGCAUAUCACAAGAUUGGGCAUUGAAUUAUGAACAUUUUGGCAUUAGUUGCAUGCCAAUUGGACAAAAAUGUAUCGUGCUAUGGUAAAAAAAGAGUUUGACCUUUCCAUAACCUUGACCUUUGACCCGAUCGAUCCCAAAAUCUAGUCAACUGGUCCCCGGAUAAUAAACAAUCAUCCCACCAAAUUUCAUGCGAUUCGGUUCAAUACUUUUUGAGUUCUGCGAAAGAUUUUGACCUGUUCAUGACCUUUGACCUUUGACCCGAUCGAUCCCAAAAUCUAAUCAACUGGUCCCCGGAUAAUAAACAAUCAUCCCACCAAAUUUCAUACGAUUCGGUUCAAUACUUUUUGAGAUUUGCGAAUAACACGCAUACAAAUAAAUAAAAUAAAUAAAUACACGGCGAUCAAAACAUAACCUUCCGGCAUUUUCAAUGCGAAGGUAAAAAAGAGUUUGACCUUUCCAUGACCUUGACCUUUGACCCGAUUGAUCCCAAAAUCUAAUCAAAUGGUCCCCGGAUAAUAACCAUUCAUCCCAACAAAUUUCAUGCGAUUCAAGAACAUUUUGACCUGUUCAUGACCUUGACCUUUGACCCGAUCGAUCCCAAAAUCUAGUCAACUGGUCCCCGGAUAAUAAACAAUCAUCCCACCAAAUUUCAUGCGAUUCGGUUCAAUACUUUUUGAGUUCUGCGAAAGAUUUUGACCUGUUCAUGACCUUUGACCCGAUCGAUCCCAAAAUCGAAUCAACUGGUCCCCGGAUAAUAAACAAUCAUCCCACCAAAUUUCAUGCGAUUCGGUUCAAUACUUUUUGAGAUUUGCGAAUAACACGCAUACAAAUAAAUAAAUAAAUACACGGCGAUCAAAACAUAACCUUCCGGCAUUUUCAAUGCGAAGGUAACAAGGGUUAUACAAGUACAAGCAGUUGUAUUUGUAACACUUUGAUUCCAAACUACGUGUCGGCGUAAAAGCUUGUUUCAUUCUUUCAUGUGGUUACACUGGCAUUUCUGAGGGAACCAACAAGAUGGAUGGCUUGGACGAUGGAGGUCAGUAGGGCAGGAGACCUCAUAACUAUUUUUUAUUUGGGAAGUCGCAUUGAGAUUAAAACCUCUACGUCAAGCGAGACCUUGCCAAGACAAGCAUUAACAAAAAACGGGGCAAUCGAUAACACGAUAUAUAUGGACUGCUUUGCGAAAUGAAAAACUUCCGUCUUAAAUAAGUGGGACAUUUGCCUGCGAAUAUAAUAAUCAUUUAUUUUAUAGAGCGCUUCUCAAGACACGCAAAGUUGCUUUACAGUCCAGAGCCCAGUAGUCAUACACACAGUCAUACCGGUGGUGGUAAGGUACAUCAGUGGGGCAGACUGACGGAAGCGUGGCUGCCAAUCAGCGCCUACGACCCCUCCGACCACCACCAACAUUCAUUCACGUCCAUACGAACCGGGGUGAGGCUGCGGUGCAUGUCUUUAUUAAGGGUGGGGGAAACCGGAGUACCCGGAGUAAACCCACACAGGCACGAGGAGAACAUGCAAACUCCACACAGAAGGGACCUGGAACGACCGGGACUCGAACCCAGAGCCUUCUUGCUGUGAGGCGACAGCGCUUACCACUGAGCCACUGUGCUGCCCGUAAUAUCCUUUGGACUAUAAUGUACCACUGUUGUAAACUAGGCAAAGUAAGAGAUGACCAUCCUUCUGUGCUCUUCAUGGUACAGGGAUGGGUCUUGAAGCUAGGUGAAGUAUACCUCUGGGCUGAGUGAUGCAGGGGGUCAAGUUUGGGUUAAAUAGUCACAAGACCGAUAUUUGAAUGAAACUUAAAAAAUGUGUGGCAAUUUGGAAGUGCCAGAAACUGCAGCUCUGCCAAAGGCCACUUGAGGCUUGCUCCGAAAGUGAGUCUAUCUCCAUAUACCGGCAAGAUAAAAUGCACACACAGGUUAAAUCUACGGCGGUCACCAUGUUAAUUUUAUCGCAAUCAAUGAACAUUUGAGAAUGCAGAUGAGUGACGUGGACAUAUAUAUAUAUAUAUAUAUAUAUAUAUAUUAGUAGCGGCAGCGAACUGUCAAUCACAGUAAGCCUGCCCGAAUGUAUACUCUGGUUUAUGGUCUAUUUGACUCAAAAUGGACCAUAAUUUACCAAAUGAACAUCAUGAGGUAUUGAAAGAUUUGAAACUAGAGAUUGUUUAUCAUGUUUACUGAGGGAAUAAAUCAAGAGAGAAGUAGAACAAUUUCCUCAUAUACAAUCUUGCAUAUUUUUGCAAUCGGAGGAAUCGCCCCCUGCUGGUAAACAGCGAGAAUGUACAUUUUUAGACACUGCAGAACCGAGCUGCCUGGUUAAAUGCCCAACUUUACAGCAGAAAUUAACAUGUACCAGAAAUCGUUAAUCGUGGCAACUGUUCGGAGGGUGAAUUUAUCAUAGGACGGAUACUUUGUUGUUGUUGUCACUUCCAUUUUUUUAUUCAUUUAGACAUUUUAACAUAAAACAAAUACAAAAAUGUCAGGGAUAAACAUAAAAAUAUAUAUACACACAUAUAUAUAUAUAUAUAUAUACAUACAAAUAUAGAAAAUAGAAAAAGAAAGGCAACCCCGGCACCCCCUUAAUUAUCUUUUACUUGUAAAUUUGUAUACACCUGCAUCUAUAUUUGCAUUUCCCUGAAAACACAAAUCCGGUAUUUGACCUCUCCUCUAAUUUAUAAUAAAAGCCAUCAGACUUUUCCAUGCUUGGUCAGUUUGGCUUGAACUGUUCUUUACCCUGGCAAUCAUAUUUUCAAAAGCAGCUGUCUCCGUCAUGAGUUUGAGCCGGUCUGUGAGCGUGGACGUAUGUGGGCUCUUCCAGUUUCUUAGGAUAAGCCUUGCUGCCACCAUGAAACCUGUUCAUGACAGUCUAAUCUCUGCUUUGGUGAGAGCUGGUGGCACAAUGAUGUGACCCCUAAUAAACACAGUUGUGGGGAUUCUGGUAAAUAUUCUCUUCAUGCAUAUAUUAUGUUUGAUUUUUUGGUUUAACAGACAGCUGCAGAAAAGAAUAUUUUCCUUUGAGCAGUUUUUCAGUGGAACUACUUUCAACACAAGAAAUAGUAAAUAGUGUUUACAAUUAGGGCUGGGCAACGAUUAAAAAUUUUAAUCGCGAUUAAUCGCAUGAUUUCCCUGAUUAAUCGCGAUUAAUCGCAUUUGUAUACGCAAAAUCCAAUAAUUCAUUCAAAAGUAGUGUAUAGCGCACUUCUAUUUGAAAUGUUCUGCCAUAUGAAUGAAAGUGCCAUAACAUGUGUUGUCCCUGUUAGAGUGAGACACCAGAAAACACUUUCAGUGCAGUUUGUCAAUUCCUAGAACUUGACACUUAUUUUAAAUGUUCUGCCAUAUGAACUAAAGUGCCAUAAAAUCUGUCAGGACAUUGUCAAAUGCACUGUUAUGCAGAGACACUGUGACAGAACGCUGGAGACUGAAGCAGGGACGUGAUCAAAGGCAGUCGUCUCGCAGCAGCGAUCAUCUCUGGUGCUUUAUCUGCUCAGUGUGGUGACUUUAUUUGUCACAUUCCACUGCUGUGCAACUUCAGUAAAGUGUCCCGCGCACGUUUCAGCAUCAUGUCUCUCCUCUGUUUUCAUCAGUCAGGGCAUGUGAAUGCAGCGCCCACUUCUCAUCAAUAUAAUGCACAGUCACUCCGAGGUCAUUGUGGUUACAGAGUGAUGUCCAGUAGGGUGACCAGAUUUGAGUUUGUGAAAAAGAGGACACUUCGUCUGGGGGGGGGGCUGAGAUUAAACAUCUCUCUUGUUCUGCCUGUUUUGUGAUAUACAUGCCUAAAAGGUGCCUAAUAUUUCUAGACUGAAAUAAUAUCGGCAUUAUAAUUAUUAUAACUAUGAGGAUUUUUUAGUUGCCUAUUUUGUGGAGCCCCCUCAGGACUUUGUGCCCUACGCACAGCGCGUAGUGCAUUAUGGGAGCGGCGACGCUGGUUGUAGUGUACAGCAUGCCGCACAAACAACAAUGAACUAGUGGAGGCGGCAAGGUGCUCCGUGUUGCCAGAUUGGAGAUGGUGAAGUAUCGUACCAAAGGCUCAAAAUGGUUGUAUUUGGAGGAUAAUUAUCGUGUAUCUGGCAACCCUGAGAUCGGUCGACCAAUGACUGUCCUCUAAACCGUCAGAGCUCACGUAAGAAGGGAGAUACCAUUUCCAAAACUUGUCAGGGGUAAAUACGAGUUUAUGAAAACCCAGAGAAAAACAAAUAUCCGACGAAGCAAAAUCCCGGACGUCUUUGGAAUCCCUGCCGGAUGUAUUUUUUAGGGCUCAAAAGCAGGACAUGUCCGGGGAAAACUGGACGUCUGGUCACCCGAUGUCCAGUCGUCCCCAGUGAGAGCAACAGGGUGCACGUUGUGAAGCUGUCGCUUUGCAGUCCUCUCCUUUUCAUACAACUCGUGUAUUCUCCGUGUGAUGUGUGUCUUGAGGGCGUCUCAUACCUGCCGUCAUUUGUUGAGAUUCUUUUUCCCCCACAAAUACUCUGACUUUAUGAUGUUAUGUCCAUUGUUUUGUCAUCUGCAUUGUUUAUAGUCCUCUAGGUGUUAUGUCUAUGUAUUAUCUUUUGUCUAAAAAAUUAAUUACAAAAAUAAUAAAGAAAUAAAAAAUAAAAACAACAUGCGUUAAUGCGCGAUAAAAUAAUUGUCGGCGUUAAUUAAGUGCUGCGUUAACGCAAGAUUAACGCGUUAACGUGCCCAGCCCUAUUUACAAUGUAUUGUUUUGACUAUCCUUGGCAAAGGGGCUCCUGUGAAACCAAUCAUGGUGUGUAUGUGCAAUUUUAUAAAUGCCCGUUUAAAAUGCAGUACAGCACGGACUCAUUUCUAUUCACCUACAUUAUAUUUGGCCGAGGCAGUAAUCAUUGACAAACAGAACCACCAUUAUUUGGGCUUGUUAACACUACAGGAAUGUGCUGCUUGGAGCUGUUUGAACAAAUAAAUAUACAUGCAUAUGUCACACAAUAAUUGGGGUAAAUUGGGGUAAUUCGAACCUCCAUCUGCCUGAUGAAUUGUGGAGGUCUGGAUCGUGGAAUAUGCCUACUACCAACUAUUCAUACUCUGUCAUAUUCAUUGAAUGUGUUUUAACUCUGUAAUGUGUCCUUCUGUACACAUGACAUAUAUUCUUCUGUCCAUCCUGGAGAGGGAUCCUCCUCUGUUGCUCUCUGGAAGGUUUCUUCCCUUUUUUUCCCCAUGAAAGGGUUUUUUCUAUUUCUUGGGAGUUUUUGCUGAUCUGAUGUAAGGUCCUGGGACAGGGAUGUCGAUUGUGUACAGAUUGUAAAGCCCUCUGAGGCAAAUUUGUAAUUUGUGAUAUUGGGCUAUACAAAAUAAACUGAAUUGAACCAUAAA